GAACUGUUGAAGACGCAAGAAAAACCUCCGAAUACCAUUCCUCUCCUGGUUAAAAAUUUGCCAGGAUGCAAUUGUGUGUGAUUCCCACUCAACGCCGACUUCCACGCGGUAUUCGGACGCUGGAGCCUGGAGCAUCGCUCACUGCCACAGCCGCAGCGCUAUCGGUAGCUCUGAGUCCGCAACUUCUUCGGACCUAGGAUUCAAUCCGUUUACGGAGUAUGUAUACCCAAGGCUAAGCACUUGAGUUGCAGGCUCAGCUGACUAUUUCAUAUUGCCGUGUUCUAAUUGCAACUUUCAUCCUCACUCACUCGCUCGUUCAUCCUGUUGGUUAGGUCUGCAAGAUGUCCGUAGAAUAUGUCGUCCCGCGUUUUGAUGACACCCUCGGUGCUUUGCUCGUAGGCUUCUCUGUCUCUGCCACUGCAUUUGGAAUGUUGACCAUUCAGGUGUUCACUUACUACAGGUGUUUUCCCCAAGACAAGGCUGGAUAUAAGGCUCUCGUUGCAUUGAUAUGGUCGAUUGCUGUCAUUGAUCAAGCCUUCGUUGGUUACGGUGUAUAUUUCUAUACCAUCACAAAUUAUUUGAAUCCGCUCCCAUUGGCUACAGGAAAACCACAGUGGACUCUUAUACUGCAAAUGACUUUGGGCGCUGUUGUUGGUGCCAUUGUCAAGGCCUGUUUUACACUGCGAGUCUGGAGGUUUAGCUAUAGAAAUUGGUGGCUCACAGGAUUCUUGUUUUUAAUGGUUCUUGCGCAACUUGGCACGGCAACCAUAUUCACUGUAAAAUGUUUUGAAUUGCCUUCUUUCGCGCACAUGAUUGCCUUGAAGGCCUUGGGAAGCCUUUCCUUGGGCAUUGGAGUCGUUACGGACAUGAGCAUAGCUGCCGCAUUAUGCUUUUACCUUCAGAAAAUGCGCUCAAGCCAUUCAACUGCAUAUUCCAUGAUUAAUACGUUGACAAUAUACGCGGUGAAUACUGGUCUUCUUACCAGCACCGUCAGCUUGUCGACCCUUGUUCUGUUCAACAUUAUGCCGACGAAUUUCGUGUUUAUAUGCCUGUAUUUUGUUCUGAGCAAACUGUAUGCGAUAUCAUUCCUGGCUACACUCAACACUCGAAAAAUUAUACGAGGUCGUGGCACAGACCCUGAAGGAGGAAAGACUCCGAGUUUUAGUAUAGUUACCGACUCCAUACAGAUGCCCAUACAGCUACCGGUGCCAACCAUUCGGGAAGAACUAUUAGCUGGAUGUCACCAGAAGUCGUGAAUCAAAAUUCAUAGUACCAAGUUCAGUAUGUACUUUUGUCUCGCGUCAUUGACCUUGUGAUAACUAGUCAUCUAGACAGCACCCUAUGAUUUUGGCUGGUAAUUUUUAGCUGUCGUUUAUAUCAUCCCCUGUGACCCCUCGACUACCCAUACUCUGCGCACGAGGUGCGCUUUCUCAUUAAAUCUGGCUCUGCCGUUAUUCGUCUCUCCUUCAUUCGUAAAAAGGCGGCGCCUGUUGCAGUACUCAUACCGGGUACCCAACGCAGGCAUAAUCAUAACUGGGAAUUUUGAAGGAAAUUUGUAUAUCACCACAAUAAAAAUGCGAUAACGCGCUGUACUUGUUUCGUUCAGCGGAUACCGUGUGUGCAGAAUACUACUAAGGUUAUAUAACUCUCCCUUUGGUCGCC